GAUCUUCUCAAAAAUUUUCGGAAUUGUGUGGAUUCAAUAUGUAGAUUGUUUUGGCUUGGAAUCGGGAAUGUAAAAUUAGUAUCUAAAUACUACGUAUUAGCAUACGUGGUACACAAACAUGAAGGCGAACUAUUUAGGGUGAACCUAAGAGCUCCUAGAACAUUUGUUGCUGAAAGUAUGUUGAAAGUAAAUUAUUCUUUCAAUUAUUCGUCAUUUCCUAAUGUUACCGAUAUUAUUAACCUUCUUUUUACUGUCAAAUCAGUUUUUGAAUCUAACAAGGAAAUUCUUUAUGAAUAUAAUGUAUCAUGUAUGGAAACGGACAAAAAUAUCACACCAGUUUACAAAUGGCUUGCUUCGAAUGAGAAUACAGUUAUCCCAAACUAG